AUGGCUGAAUCCGUCGGCGAAAACAUCACCCUCUCCGUGCGCCGUCCCGCCGAUACGCCCGCCAUCUUCGUCGCCGCUUCCUUUUCCGACCCGAAAUGGGAGCCGCUCGAGCUGGCCGUCAAGACCGUCGAGUUCAAGGACGACGAGGGCCUCACCUCCACGGAGUACAUGUUCUUCCGGGACUUUAAGGUCGCUCCCGGUCAAUAUCAGUACCGAUUCCGAGAGGGCGCCGACGGCCCGUGGUUUCACGACGAGACGGCGAAGAAUGCUCCCGGAGACGAUGGUCUACUGAACAACGUUCUUGUCGUCGAGUCCCCCGCCGCCCCCGCUUCAGAGGACAAGCAUGUUGAAAACGGGACGGCCGAGAAGGUCGAGGAGCCGGCCAAGGAGCCCGAGGUAGAGGCUGUGGCCGCCGAAUCCGUGGAGAAGGACUCGCCCGCACAGAUUGAUACCAAUGGCACGUCGGAGCAGGACUCGACGGUGGCAGAGCCCACCACCGAGCAACAGAAACCAGAGCCCGUCUCGAAUGGAGAGGCCGCGCCGGUGACCAACGGCUCCGAGCCCGCUGCGCAAGAGCCGGAGACGGAACAGGUGAACGGAACCUCCCACACGGCGGAGACGGAAAAACCGACCGAAUCUCAGCCCGAGCCCGUCGAAGACGUCGCCGACAAGGCGGAGGAAGUUCCGGCCGUUGUCGAGACGAAGGCGGUUGAGAAGGGUGACCACAAGGCUGAGCCUGAGGAGCCGCAAGAACCUUCGACAGAGAGCAGCGGUCCGGUCAUCGCUGAGGACAAGCCUGUUGACGAACCUCAGCCGGAAGAGCCGGCUGCGAAGAUCGAACAGCCUGUCGCCGAGAAGGAAUCUCCGGAGCCCGUCCAGGAAGAGGCCCCUGUCGAGCAGCCCACGGAAGCCCCGGCCGUUGAGGAGACGGCUGCUCCUGUCGCUGAAGCUCCCAAGGAGCCCGAACCCGUCGCCGAAGAGCCCGCGAAGGAAUCUGUCGACGAGAAGCCCGCCGAGGCCGCCGUUUCUGAAGAGCCCGUGAAGGAGGCUGCCGAAGAGAAGCCGGUGGAAGAGACUCCUGCGGUUGAAGAGCCCAAGGAGGCCGCUGUCGAAGAAAAGACCGAAGAGCCCAUCUCCGAGACCGUCGAACAGCCCGCUACGAACGGCACUGUCGAGGAGCCCGCCAAGGAGGUGAACGGCGCUACCGAAGAGGCAGCCACCGAGAAGCCUUCGACUGAAGAGGUUCCCGCCGAGGAGUCCACCGCCGAAACCGCCAAGGAAGAGCCCUCGACCGAAGAAACCGUUGCGAAGGAGUCAACCGAGGCACCUGCUGCGGAAGAGCCGGUGAAGGAGGCCGUUGCAGAAACCCCCGCCGCCGCCGAAGAAGCUCCCGAGAAGCCAACGGAAGAAUCGACUGUCGAGGAGCCCGCUGCGCCAGCUGUCGAGGAAGAGAAGCCUGCCACCGAAGAUGUGAAGGAGGCCGAGCCGGCUCAGGUUGUCUCGGAAGAACCGGCUGUUGAAAAACCUACGGAAGAGGAGACCCCCGCCGAAGCUCCUAAGGAAUCUCCCGAAGAGAAGGUCGAGGAGAAGGUCGCCGACGCGCCUGCCAAGGAAGAGCCAGUGUCCGAGGAGACUUCCAAGGAAGCCAUCGAGGAGGCUACGGCUGAGCCUGUGCAGGAACCUACUCCUGAGGCUGCCCCCGUGCAGGAGCCCGAGACCGUUGCGGAGAAGGAACCCGUCGCCGAAGAACCCGUCGCCGAAGAGCCUGCUGUCGAGGAACCCGCUAAGGAGUCCAAGGUGGAGGAGAGCAUCGCGCAGGAGCAGACCCCCGAAACUCCCGCCGUCGAGACCGAAGCCUCCAAGGAGGUGGUCGAGGAGCCUAUCGCUGAGGAGGCAGCUCCCGAGAAGGCCUCUGAAGAGAAGGUUCCCGAAGAAAAGGUCCCCGAGGUGUCGACCGAUGCCGCUGUUGCCGAAGUGACCGCUGAGGAGCCUAAGGAAUCCGUCUCUGCCGAAUCUGCUCCCGCCGCCGAGAUAUCGACCCCCGAAAAGCCUGUGGAGGAAGUCAAGGAGACUGAACCCGAGGUCCCUGCUGUGGAGGAACCCGUCAAGGAGGAACCCGCCAAGGAAGAGCCUGCUCCUGUUGAGCAGGCCACUGAGGAAUCAACUGUGAAGGACGAGCCCGAGCAACCUGCCGUUGAGCAGCCCGCCACCGAGGUUCCUGCCGAGUCGGAGCCUAUCAAGGAAGCCGAGACUGUUUCGGAGGAGCAUAAGGAGGAGACCACGGAAGAGCCCAAGACUGAGGUUGAAGAGCCUAAGGCAGAGGAGCUCAAGGCUGACGAACCCGUCGUCGAGGCGCCCGUCGAAACCAAGCCGGAGGAGCCUAUUGAGGAGCCUAAGGCUGAGAAGGCUCAGGUUGAACAGACUACUGCUGAAGAGCCCAAGGCCGAAGAAACCAAGCUUGAGGAGCCCUUGACCGAAGAGCCGAAGACCGAGGAAGUCAAGGCUGAAGAGCCUGAGGUCAAGGAGCCCGAGAUCGAGGAGACCAAGGCCGAGGAGCCCACGCCUGAAGAACCUAAGACUGAGGAAGUUAAGGUUGAAGAACCCAAGGUCGAGGAACCCGAGAUUGAGGAAACCAAGGCUGAGGAAGUGAAGGCUGAGGAACCCGAGGUCAAGGAGCCUGAGGUCAAGGAGCCCGAAGCUCAGGAAGUCAAGGUUGAGGAGACCACUGUCGAGGAACCCAAGACCGAGGAAGAGCCCAAGGUCGAGGAAACCAAGGCGGAGGAACCUACCGAGCCCAAGGUUGAAGAGCCUCAGGUUGAGGAACCCAAGGCUGAGCAGCCUGAAGUUGAAGAAGCCAAGACCGAGAAGGUCGAGGUCGAGGAACCUGCCGCUCCUGAACAGAAGGAGGAGCAGGCCGUCGAAGAAGCCACCCAGCCCGCCGAAGAGCCCAAGGUUGAGGAGCCGAUUGCUGAAGAGUCUCCCGCCAAGGUCGAAACCGAGGAAGUGGUGGCUGAGGCGCCCAAGGAAGCCGUCGCAGAGCCCGUUACCGUGGAGGAGCCCGAAGCUCCUACCGCCUCUAAGGAAGAGACUGUCGAGCAGCCCGCUGCCCAGGAACCUACUGUUGAAGAGACUCCCUCUGACAUCCCUGCAGCUGAGCCUGUGACUCAGGCCGAAGAGGAACCUGCCAAGCCAGCUGCCGUGGAGGAGCCUCAGGAAGAACAGACUGCCCAGGACAGCGUGGCAGACAAGGUUGCCGGGGAGACUGAAGCUCCUAAGGAGUCGCCCGCUGUGACUGAGCCCGUGGCUGAACCUGCCGUCGAAGCUGUCCCUGAGCAAGCACCCGAGAUCCAGGAGGCAGAGCCCACUCCCGCUGCUGAGACUCCCGUUGAGCAGGAAGCCCCUGCUGCUGAGCCCACCCCCGAAACGGAUUCCACCGAACCUGCUAAGGAGGUUGCCGCAGAGGAGCCCUCUGAGGACAGCGGCCUGUCCCCCGAAGUGAUUGGCGCCGGUGCGGCCGUCGCCGCCGGUGCAGUUGCCGCUGGAGUGGCCGUUGCUGCUGCUGAAAAGAAGUCUGAGAGCGAAGACAAAGACAAGAAGGUGCAGGAGUCUGAGCCAGAGACCAAGAAGGCCCCUGCCGUUGAUGGCGCCUCUGAAGAACCCGCCCAAGCUAGCCAGCCCGCAGUGAAGGAGCCUCAACAGCCAACCGAGGCCCCUGCUGCUUCGAACGAAGCUUCGACUUCUGCCGAGCCUGCUGCCGAGCCUGCUGCCCAGCCCGCUGCUGAGCCCGCUGCCACCGAGACCGAUGGCGACAAGCAGGUGGCCAAGAAGGACGGUGACAAGUCUCGCUCCGAGAGCCAGAACCGCUCUGUUCAGGCUUACUCCCUGAACAACCAGGCCGAUGGCUGGUUGAAGACCAUCCUGCGUGCCGUCUUUGUCAACUUCUUCGGUGCCAUCUUCUCGCCCUUCCGUCGCCGUGGAAGAUCCAACCAGUAA